GCAUGGAAAAGAUUCUUGAACAAUAUGAAAGUUAUUCAUAUGCAGAAAAGAAGAAAACAACUAAUGUUGAGUCACCUGUAAGUUUGAAUCUGGAAUAUGUAAAGCUUAAGGCUAGAGUGGAGGUUUUGCAGAGAAACCAAAGGAACCAUAUGGGAGAGGACUUGGAUUCCCUGAGCUUGAGACAGUUGCAAAAUUUGGAAAAUCAGAUUGAUGUUUCUCUUAAACUCAUUCGAUCUCGCAAGAACCAACUCAUGAAUGAAUCUGUUUCUGAGCUUCAAAGAAAGGAUAAGGCAUUGCAGGUGCAAAAUAACAUGCUUAUGAAGAAGGUCAAAGAGAAGGAAAAAGUACUGGCACAAACUUCUCAGUUGGAACAACAAAACCAUGAUAUGAACUCAUCUUCUUUUGGUCUACCCCAGCCUUUGAACUUCUUCAAUUUCAGUGAAAUAUGCCAAACUAUGGAAGACAAUGGAGAAGUUGAAGCUUCACGCCAACACCAAUCAUCUAAUACAGUAAUUCCCCCAUGGAUGCUUCACUAUAUCCAUGGCUAGAAGAGUUUAGUCAGAUGAAUUGGACAAUGUGGGAAGGGAAAAAAUAUUAUGAUUUUUUUUGUGUGGACUCGUUGAUGGUCAAAUAUCAUGCACCAAACAUGUCCUAUAAAGUAUUAAGAGUAUUUUGUUGGCUAUGUAUUGUCUAUGCUAAAAAUCACUAACUGUAUUUAUAGUCCGAUCAAAUCAAGGAUGUUGAGAUGGAUGUGUUGUAACAAAACAAUGAAGUCUAU